GGUAUGGAAAUACGUCUGGAAAUUAAGCUGCAGCAGCCGAAUCCACUGUUCACGCGAUGGCUGGAACGUUGGCUUCAUGAAGCCGAGCAACGUAAUCGGAAAUCGCAGCACACUCUGCGACAGGCGCUGCAGGCCCUGCGCAGCUAUCCGCUGCCGCUGUAUAGUGGCCGCGAAUGCGCCGUGCUGCGCGGAUUUGGUGCAACGCUAUGUCAGCUGAUCGACGAUGAACUGCGUCAGCAUAGGCUGCUGGCAAGCCAAGCCAAACUGAAAAUGACCCCCACACCUGCGUCCAACAGCACGCAGUAUCAGGAACAGGUGCAACAGGUUGUCAAAGUAGUGCAACGGAAGCAAAAACAACAGCAGCUGCAGAAGCCCAAGAAGUUGACCAAGAAAGUACAACAGGAACUGGCAGCAGCCGAGGAACGGGAACGUGCCGUCCACAUGACUGCGGGCAGCUAUCGCAUAGUGCUGCUUGUGGAUACGCAGGAGACGAGUGGCAAGAAUAAGCGUAUAUUAGAUCAGACACGCAGCUAUCUGCAAACACUGAACGUGGAACACGAGGUGCGUCGCCUAACAGUUGGUGACUUUCUGUGGAUAGCGCGUGAUGCCGCCGGCAAUGAGCUUGUGCUGCCCUACAUCGUGGAGCGCAAGCGUAUGGACGACUUAGCAAGCAGCAUUCGUGAUGGUCGCUUUCACGAGCAGAAGCAUCGCUUGCACCAGUGCGGAUUAUCGCACAUCAUCUACCUGAUCGAGGAUUAUGGCGACAAUGAGCAGCUUGGCCUACCGCUAGAGUCGUUGCAGCAGGCGCUCAUCAAUGCUCGCGUCCAGUCCGCUGGUAUCCAAGUGGUGCGCUGCGACAACCACUACCGCUCCAUGUGUUAUCUCAGCGGCGUUGGCAGUGCUUUGCAGCAGCUCUAUGUGGGCGCAUCCAGGUCGCUGCACAGCGUGGACAAGACACACCUGUCCACGACGCAUACAGACAUUUGUCAAGUGGGCCUGCUGAAGUUUCGUUCGCUGUACGAGGAUUCGGCGCGCAAUGCACAGCUGACGGUGCGCGAGGUUUUUGUGCAGCAGCUGCUGCAGUUACAUUCUCUCUCCAUUGACCGUGCCUUGGCCAUUGUAGAGCGAUAUGCGACGCCGCGUCUGCUGCUGGAUGCCUAUGCGGAGUGCCAAAGCGAGGCCGAAGCACGUCAACUGCUGGCAGGACUCAGCUGCGGUCCGCUGCAGCGACCACUGGGCGACAAACUGAGCCAAUGUAUACAUCAGUUUUACACAAACGAAUUCUAAGCAUUAGGUUUAGUAAU